AUGAAGUCUCCAAGAAACCUUGAAGAGUUUCUUUACUUGAAACUGAUGAAUAGUCCAGCAUUCCAUCGAUUUGUAAGAAAUAUAUACUUUAAAGUCAAUGGUAUACAACCUCCAACCCGCCCACUUCAUGAGCAACAUGCAGCAGACCAUUUGUUUCAACCAACUUCUGCACAAAAGUUUAAAGCUUACAGACUACUUUUCUAUGAUGAAUGGAGAGCUACAUUUGGAUUUCCAAGAAAGCAUUAA